AUGGAACUGGACAAGUGCUUGGAACUACUAUACGGUGGCCAGCUUUUGCCCGAAUCAACUCUGAGAGCAUUGUGUUUCAAAUUGAAAGAAAAAUUGGUCAAAGAAUCUAAUGUGGUGCAUAUAUCUACUCCAGUGACAGUUGUGGGAGAUCUUCACGGCCAAUUUCAUGAUUUACUAGAAAUUUUUAAAAUUGGGGGAGCAGUACCAGACACAAAUUAUCUUUUUCUGGGUGACUAUGUUGAUCGUGGUCUAUAUAGCGUAGAAACAAUAUCAUUGCUUAUUGUGUUAAAACUGCGAUAUCCCAACCGGGUGCAUCUUUUGCGGGGAAAUCAUGAAUCCCGGCAAAUAACACAGAGCUACGGUUUUUAUUCGGAGUGUUUGAACAAAUACAACGGUGGAAGUGGUGUUUGGCAAUGUUUCACGGAUCUGUUCGACUAUCUGGUCCUUUGCUGCAUUAUCGACGACGAACUGUUUUGUGUACAUGGAGGACUAUCGCCGAAUGUCCAGACAAUAGAUCAAAUUCGGAUCAUUGACCGAUUUCGCGAAAUACCGCACGAUGGCGCAAUGGCCGAUCUGGUGUGGUCUGAUCCAGAAGACUCUACGGAAUCAGCGGCCACCGGUGGGCGCCUUACUGCAUCUACGACUCAAUUCCAGGUUUCCCCUCGAGGAGCUGGCUACACGUUUGGGCGUAGCGUGGUGGAAAAGUUUUUACAACUCAACGGAGUGUCGCGAAUUUAUCGGGCGCAUCAGCUAUGCAACGAAGGUUACCAAGUAUAUUUUGGUGGGCUUGUCACAACAGUGUGGUCUGCACCCAACUAUUGCUACCGCUGUGGCAAUAAGGCAUCAAUUUUAGAGCUAUAUGAUAAAGAUCAUAGUUUUUUCAACGUGUUUGAAGAAGCACCGGAAAACAAGCUGUUAAAUAAUUCGGCUGCUAUUAGAAACGGUGGGAUGCUCAGUGAAUAUUUUGACGAAAGCUUAGAAGCUCCAGACAUGUUUUCGGACGAGUAUCAGGUACGGUCCGCCUCUAAACGACACGUGGAAUACUUCCUGUAA